CGGAUCGCCGGGAAAGAAAAAGAACCGGACCGGCAGGCCUAGUGCCGAGGUGGCGGCAGCGAAGUAAUGGAGGCUUUGCGGGUCCUUGAGCUGUACAGCGGCAUUGGGGGCAUGCACCAGGCGCUCAGAGAAAGCCAGAUACCAGCACGUGUGGUGGCUGCCAUUGAUGUAAAUACCGUUGCUAAUGAGGUUUACAAGUAUAAUUUUCCUCACACACAGUUACUGCCGAAGACAAUUGAAGGCGUAACAAUAGAAGAGUUUGACAGAUUAUCUUUCAAUAUGGUUUUGAUGAGCCCUCCCUGCCAACCAUUCACAAGAAUUGGCCUUCAAGGUGAUGUGACUGACCCAAGGACAAAAAGCUUCUUAUAUUUUUUAGAUAUUCUCCCAAGGUUACAAAAAUUACCUACAUACAUUCUUUUAGAAAAUGUUAAAGGUUUUGAAGUAUCUUCUACAAGAGACCUGUUAAUACAAACAAUAGAAAAUUGUGGAUUUCAAUACCAAGAAUUUCUAUUAUCUCCAACCUCUCUUGGCAUUCCAAAUUCAAGACUACGCUAUUUCCUUAUUGCAAAGCUUCAAUCAGAGCCACUCUCUUUUCAAGCUCCUGGUCAGGUAUUGAUGGAGUUCCCCAAAUUUGAAUCUGAGUAUCCACAAGAGCACGCAGUACAUGAAGAACAGACAACUGAAGAAAAGAAAGUUGAAUUAAAUAUUUGCUUUGAUAGUAACACACAACAUUCUCAGAAAGAGGCCUUUCUUUUUAAGCUUGAAACUGCAGAAGAAAUUGCCAGAAAGUUUCAACAAGACAGUGACCUCUCUGUACAAAUGUUGAAAGAUUUUCUUGAAGAUGACAUUGACAUGAAUCAGUACUUUCUGCCACCGGAGUCUUUGUUGCGAUAUGCUCUUUUGUUAGACAUUGUUAAACCCACUUGUAGAAGGUCCACAUGCUUUACAAAAGGUUAUGGAAGGUACAUAGAAGGAACAGGAUCUGUGUUACAGACUUCAGAGGAUGUGCAGAUUGAGAGUAUCUACAAAUCCCUUACUGGGCUGUCACAAGAAGAAAAGAUAACAAAAUUGUUAAUGCUUAAGCUUCGAUAUUUCACUCCUAAAGAAAUAGCAAAUCUCCUUGGAUUUCCUCCAGAGUUUGGAUUUCCUGAGAAGAUAGGAGUGAAACAGCGUUAUCGUCUUCUUGGAAAUAGUCUCAAUGUGCAUGUAGUAGCCAAACUAAUAAAAAUCCUAUGUGGCAAACUUUGAAAUAACUGAAAGAAUAAUAAAUUUGGAAUUUCUCAGAAAA